GUUCACCGUUAAUGCUCCCCGCGCGGCACCUGCUGCAGUGACGACGGACAGGCGGUGAGGUUUCGGUCUCAGUCCUCGGAGAACUUCGCAGAGAUGACCACCAAGGAGGUUAUAUUCGUGUCCCUGGCACUCCAGGUCUUCCUCAUCCUGUCCUCUGAGGCUUUUAGUGACAUUGAUAAGCUCCAACUGAUGGAGGCCAAGAUGCAUUCCAAAGGGCCUCUAUGCAACAUACCAUUGUCACCGGAGACCUUCGAGGAAUUGAACAACGGGCCCUUUCCAGGGGACAAAGAAGGAGAUUUGUUUCGCGAGGUCCCUUACAAGUCCUGGUAUUGCUUCGGACUCUGCGACUGCAUCCACCGCUUCUGCGACAACGAAGGCAAGGGCCAGCCGCGGUGUGACUGGUGCGCGGCCAACUGCUAUGAGGAAGUCAUAACCGCAGAUCCCGAUUAUGAUUACUAAGACAACGCGAAAGAAAAAGACGGAGACAGGAAAAAUGAGAUGAAGAUGACGGAGAAGGAUAGAUGAAAGGAGAAAAGUUAUGGUGAACUGAAUCAAGUUGACCUGAAUCAUGUCAAGUUUGAUAAAUUUAAAUAUAGCUGCUUGUUGAAAUUGAUCAAUAUGCGAAUAAGCAAGAGAUAUAUAUCGGUGAAUUUCUAUGUACUUAUGCUCAAGUAGGAUGAUGAUGACAUACAUUAUGCAUGAAGAUAAACCAAUAUGCAAAUUACAUAUACUGGCUAACAGAAAAUAGAACAUAUAUUUACCAUUCAGUACUGUAUAUCCAUUCUUAACCAAUGUAUUAGUGAUUUAAAAUUCUCAUCUUACUGAUUCCUAUUCUAUCAAAAUCAUACAUUACUUGAUCUUGAAGAACAUUUACAGAUUAUCUCAGAAUUUUUGAAUAAAGGAAAGUGACAGACCUAA